GACAACUUUCUCCACGUGACGCGGACCGAGGAGGACAUGCCCAAAUCAUCCAGUUACACUCAGAGAUCCUUUUCCGAUUCAUUAAUCAAUUUAAGCUCUCGCCGUCAGUUAAGUUUGAUUAAAAAAAAUGUAAGAUAACAGUUGGUCAAUCGGUGUUUUUGCUUAUCUUUUUUCGUUUUGUUUGUCGGCGCGCCCUGCUCGUUCGUUUUGGGGAAAGUAAAAACAAAAAUGGAGUCAAGUUUCAACAGGUCUUAACGUUAAAAUGAAAGACACACUCAAAGUAACCGAUUCAAGCUUUUAAUUUUAAUUUUCUUCUUUAAAAAAAACAAACACCUUUUGCGGUGAUGGGCUCCGUUACUUCUGCGCUGACGCGGACGAGGAACGCGCUGGUGAAAGUGGGCUCGGAGCCGGAGACCCAGGACCCGGAGAGGAGCCGCUCCGCUCCGGGGACGGACCGAACCAGGAAGAAGAGCGCGCGCCUCAACGUCUCGUGCCAAACCGGGCGGCCGAGUUCCCGCCCGUCGCUGCUGUCCGAGGUGCUGAGCAGACGGGACUCCGACGGAGCCAAGCAGCAAACCGGCAGGAAACACGCGCGUGAAGGUCAACCGAGCGUGGCAAACGAAGAUGGGGAGAGCUCCAGCAGACCACAGGCUAGUUUCUCACGCUCAAAGUCCCAGAGUGCUUUGUGGAACGCCAUCACGGCGGGGAUGGGCAUCAAAGGCAAAGAGCAGAAGCCCCCCCUGUUUGACCUGCGGAGCCCCGAGGAGAUUCUGGCCGACGAUCUUCCGGCCGCAGACCAACCGGAUGCCUCGGAGAAGACGGCCAUCAGAUUACGAUGUCUGGUGAAGCAACUGGAGAGAGGAGAGGCUUCCCUCACGGACCUCAAGAAGAACCUGGAGUACGCAGCGCUGGUGCUGGAGUCUGUUUACAUCGAGGAGACGAGGCGCUUGGUGGACACGGAGGAUGAGCUCAGCGACAUCCAGUCUGAGUCGGUGCCCUCGGAGGUGAGGGAUUGGCUGGCCUCCACCUUCACCCGCCAGAUGGGCCUCAUGCUGCGGCGCAACGAAGAGAAGCCUCGCUUCCGCAGCAUCGUCCACGCCGUCCAGGCUGGCAUAUUUGUUGAGAGGAUGUACCGACGUACCUCCAAUAUGGUGGGGCUCAGCUACCCGCCCUCCGUCAUAUCUGUGCUGAAGCAUGUUGACAAGUGGUCCUUUGACGUGUUCGCUCUGAACGAGGCCAGCGGGGACCACGCGCUUAAAUUCAUAUUCUACGAGCUGCUCACGAGAUACGACCUCAUUAGCCGUUUCAAGAUCCCCAUCUCCGCGGUGGUGUCCUUCGUGGAGGCCUUAGAGGUGGGAUACAGCAAACACAAAAACCCCUACCACAACCUGAUGCACGCCGCUGACGUCACGCAGACCGUGCACUACUUGCUGCUGAAGACCGGCAUGGUGCAUUGGUUGACUGAGCUGGAGAUCUUCGCCAUGAUCUUUGCGGCCGCGGUGCACGACUACGAGCACACGGGAACCACAAACAACUUCCACAUUCAGACGAGGUCCGACACGGCGAUACUUUACAACGACCGCUCGGUGCUGGAGAGCCACCACGUCAGCGCGGCAUACCGCCUGCUGCAGGACGACGACGAGAUGAACAUCCUCUACAACCUCUCCAAGGAUGACUGGAGGGAGCUGCGGGCUCUGGUGGUGGAGAUGGUGCUGGCCACAGAUAUGUCCUGCCACUUCCAGCAGGUUAAGACCAUGAAGAACUUCCUUCAACAACCCGAGGGCAUUGACAAGCCCAAAGCCCUGUCCCUCCUGCUGCACACGGCAGACAUCAGCCACCCGGCCAAAAGCUGGAACCUCCACCACCGCUGGACCACCUCCCUCCUGGAGGAGUUCUUCAGACAGGGGGACAAAGAAUCGGAGCUCGGACUGCCGUUCUCGCCGCUCUGCGACCGAAAGUCCACAAUGGUGGCCCAGUCCCAGAUUGGCUUCAUCGACUUCAUCGUGGUGCCCACCUUCACGGUUUUGUCGGACAUGAUGGACUGUAUCGUCAAACCGCUCAUCGACGAGGCCUCCCAUGCGGGUUUCUCCGGCUUCAGGCGCUCCAGCCUGAACAGUAUUAGCUCAGAGGAGGCCAAGAGGCACAGCGUGAGGAGCUCCGACAGCAGCUCGUCGGGACACAGCUCCCUGCUGACGGUGGACCUGAAGAACUUCAAGGCGCUGUGGAAUGAAGAGGUGUACCAGAACAGAGAGAGGUGGAAAGCUCAGGCUGCCAAAGAGGCGGAGGAGAGAGCUAAAAGGGAAGCGGAGGAGCAAGCCCAACAGGAAGAGGCCAUGGAGCCCCCGGAGGCCCAUGCAGAGCCAGAACGGCCCGAGCCAAAGGCCGACCAGCCGCAGGUGGAGGAGGGGGAGGGGCUCGAUUCCGCGGAGGUCAGACCACCGGCGGGUGACAUGGAGGAAACGGAGCAGAGGGCGCAGCCCGACAGCGGCGCACACAAGGACGCAACGCUGCAGAACGGGGAGUUGUCUGAAGAGUCUGUUUCUCCAAAGGGUGAAGAAAGACAGGACAAAGAAGAUGAUGCAGAGGUGGCGAUGGAAUGAGUGAGCCGUGGAGACCUUCACUGACCCGAGGGCUCCAACUCCAGCUGGAGGAAAAGGCCAUUAGUUGGACUGUGUCGCCCCCUGCAGGACUCCGAGAAACGGACACCUUCACUUCCUGUUUGUCCCUCUGGUUAACUGUUUUUACUUUUCCUGUGUCGAUGCUCCCAGUGCUGUUUUAUGCAGAGCUCAAGCCACGUGCAUUAUACCGACCUUCCUGCUUCGUGACGAAUGCAACACAGAAGAAGAUUUAACUGACGAUGCUGAGGAGGGUUUUUGGGGUGUGAAAGAGACCGAAAAUGUUGCUCCUCGUAGUUUUAGUUUGCCUAUUGUUGACGCUGCUCUAAUUGUGCGCUUUCACUCAGACCACAGACAUGUAGCCAUUCUUGUCGAGCCCCACUUGUCCCUGCUGUGUGUCGCUUUCCUCCGUGGACACUCAACACGAGCAAUGUCAUCAGAUCUAGACCAGAUCUACACCAAGAGGGACGUAUCUCUAGCUGCUACACAGUAUGUACACGGAGUGUGUGUGCAGUACAAUGUAGUUGACGCUUGACAGGUUUACAGCACUAAAAUUUAGAACGUACUCUCGUUAAACAUAUCUCUGUGUAGACCAUUCUUUUUACCCGGGCUGCAGCAGCUCUGGUUUGGAGUUUCUUAUGUUUGCUGAGGCUACUGCAAGAAACCCUUAACAUGUUUACUUUAUCAGUGCUUUCCUCAGUGCGAUUGUGUUCUUUGCAGCCAGGUUUGUAUUGCUUUUUUUUGUGUGUGUUUCUGGCCUCUUUACUGUAUAUAUUGAAAGUUGAUAUGUGUACAGAUCUUAAGAGUAGAAAUCCCUCCAGCCCACAAUCCAUCAACAGAUAUUUUCUUUUCGGGUAUAAUGUAAGAUAGUGUAGUGAGAGAUGUCCAAAAAUUAGAAUGCAACUUUUGCAUCUCAAACAUAUCACACAUUCAAGUUUUUGUAAUGAGUAAAAUAUGUUUCUUUUCUUUUUGUAACAAUCUUAUACUUGUCCUCUGUGAAUCAUGCACUAGAUGUGUCUGAUGUCCUCACACCGUAUGUCACUUCUUGGUCAAAAAGACUUCUUCUUGAUGCCUUCUUAUAUGUAUCUAAGCUGUAGCAAAAAUGUCAAGAUUGUUGCUGAAAUUCGAGAAAAAAGCCUCGCGCGUGUGUGUGCGUGUGUGUGUGUUUUGUUUUGCAUCACAGUUGUGUCGCAGCAGCUCGGCCGCUGAGGCCGUCGGCGUAAUGGUUCGAAUCGACGUGUUUCACAUGGCGCUCGUACACUUAUCGGCCAGAUGAAUCCAUCAUGCUUCUGUGGCUAUGGGUCCAAACUGCGUCUGCUUCUUGUCCGUAUGCCGGGUUUUUUAAAGGCUCGUAAUGUUGCGCGUAGGAGAUGCAAAUAUCGCUUGCUGUGCAUAUGUAACAUAUUGAACCUCUGUGAUGCUGGUUCAGCUCUGACUAUACACUUAAUAUGUGUAAAUGAAAGAAAAAAAAAGCAUUUUGUGCAGUAUUCACAUAAGAAUGCAUAUGUUUUCCCUGACAUUUUGCACAUUUAUUUUGUGCUUCCUUAUGUUUUACAUUCUUUCGAUACAAAAUUCCCAACAUUUAUUGUGCCAACAUCAGGUUAUUGGUAUUUUAUUUUCAAUUAUACUGUAAACACGUGUACUGGUACAUAUACUAAAACAUAAAGUAUAAAUAGAGAGGCAAUAGCCCAGCUUGUAAACAUUUAUAUAAAACCGUAGGAAUGAUUUUGUAGCCUCUUUGUUUUAAUACACACUACUCUUUUUUAUAUCAUGGCAGGUAGGGAAUAUAUAAAGCAGUUUAUCACGUAAUCUUUCUAGAUGCAUCUUUCUACUUAAAAAAUACAGUCGGUGGUUAGCAAGACAGCUGACUGAAUGUGUGCCUCUUUAAAUGUACUUUCUGUUUCACACAUUUCACCUGGAGGAACCAUUUUGCUGUGUCAUUUUAAUUUGUGCUGAUCUAGGAACAGGCAAGCAUUCAUUUCUUCCUACAAUUGUUCAUACUAAACUCCAAUUUUAGAAAAAAAUGUUGGAAAGUUUGUAAAGUCAGAAGAUUGCUUUUGCAGAAGUAGUAUUUAGUCGGUAGAUUCUUGCUUGUUUUCACUGUGUAGCUUUUUUUUCUGUUUUAGCAGCCUGUUUGCUGGAUUGUCUUCAACGUAUAACGUCGUUUUUAUUUUGUCUCCGGUUCAUCUGUCCCAGCGUGUGUGUCUGUUCAAUGUGUUUACUUCCACCAGCUCUGAAGUCAGAAAAAAAAAAAAUUCAGGUGGCUCAAAACUGUAAAUUCAAAGUGUAACAAUCAUAUAAAGAUUAGAUUUAUCAAUAGAACAAAUACAAAACUCAUUCUGUGCCCAAAAUUGCCUGCCUGAUACUUGGUAAAGCGGGAUAUAUUUUCUUUACCAAGCGACCAACACAUGUACAGUCUUGUAGUUUGCUCGAUAUUUCACCAGCUAAUGUUUUAGCCUCUACCGUAUGAAUAUUUAAAAAAAGAAUUAUACCAACCAUAAUCAGAAAAAUAGCUGUAUUUAUGACACGGUCAGACUUCUAAACAUGAUGUUUUGUUAUUGUUGCUACAGAGCAGAUUAAUGUUGUUUGUUUAAUGCUUUGUUUCCUUGUUUAGUGUCAAUCACUCGGAUCUCAAACUGUUCCAGUGACCCGAGGUUAGAUGGAUGUAAAGUGUGUGUGUGAGAAACUGCUGGAAAAUACUUAAUGUGCAUUUUUUUUUUGAUCUCCUCACUGUGACCUGCUCUAUCGAUGAGAGUGUGAUGAGGCGAGUGUGUGUGUGUGCGUGUGCGUGUGUGUGUGUGUGCGUGUGUGCGCGCAAGGGAGUGAGAAAUAAACAAAAGGUUAUACAGUGGAGCGUUCGAAAAUGUUAAACACUUAUAAUUAAAUAAUCACCAUUAAAGGAUUGAAUUUCUAAAGAGUGUUUCCCACUUUGAAAAUCAAGCUGUCACAAUUAUACACCACCAGAUACGACUCAAUAUCAAUAUUACACACACACACACAAACACACACACACACAUACACAUAGACUGAACCUCCACCGCAUCCACACAAAGACCAGAUGACAAGGCGUGUGAGUGGGUAUGUGAGUGUGUGUGUGUGUGUGUGUGUGCGUGUGUGCGAGUGGGUGUGUGUGCACGCAUGUGUGCGUCACUGUCCCAGUGCCGGCCAGGCGGCCGUGUGUGCCACCAUGCUCUGUGACUGCACAGCCGUAUCAAUAAAUCUGGACUCAAAGGGCUCAGA